UUGCCUCACAGUUCGCUCAUCUCCAGAUACUAUCACCAUGACUUCGUACACUCAAGCUCUUGACCUCGUGAUCAGGUUCCCUUUGAACUUUGACAUCUGGGCCCCUCCUCGCCAACGUCCUACUGGGAGAUACAUGACCAUCCUUGAGCCCCUAUCUGAGCUGCCCGUCCCUCCCACCUCCCUCCCUGCCCCUCUCUCUACCCCCGUCCUCCGUGAUGCCCCUCACUUCGUCGAUAUCAACCUCGAUGAUGACGACACCCCGACCCAGUCCCCAGUUCGAAUCUUCCUGUCACGUGUGUCUGGAUUCUUGAGGAGAGUGUUCCGUGUCAAGAUGGACGCUUAGACAUCUUGCUACAUCUUUGAUUCUUAAGGAGACUGUUCCUUGUCAAGAUUAGACGCUUAGAGUGACAUCUUGAUACUUCUUGGAUUCUUAGGGAAAUUGUUCUUGCCAAGAUGGACGCUCAUAGUGACAUCUUCAUACCUGUUGGAUUCUUGAGGAGA